CGUAAAGUUUGUUGUGAUGUAAACUUGACGUGCAGUCGGCUUCUACUUUUGUUGAUAUUAAAAUAGUACAGUAUAUAGUCAGUAUUAAAGCCUCCAAUGUGUACAUUAGCUCCCGUGCGUCUCGGAAUUAUUAAUUGAUAAAUAAUGCUCGUUAGACGUAUUUACAAAUACGCGAUAAUUCAUAAGUGCUAGUACUCAAUUUUCCUUGUUAAAAAAAAGUGCCACUGCCGGACAUGGAAAAAAAUGUUUACCUAUUAUUGUAUUUUUUUAGUUUUUGGAACGAGGCGCCCGCUAAUCAGAUUCCCUCCAGAUUUAGACAUGUACUCGUCCAUGAUCUAAGCACGGAAUUUGAAAGUGACCACCACCGACAAGGUUUCCGAAACGAAAUGAUGACUUCAAACCAUGCCGCUGGCAGUCCCAAGAAUCCGUUAUUUACAAAAUGGAGUCCAUGGUCGAGAUGCGAGGAUUGUUUGCAGAGACGUAUGAAGAAGUGCAUCAGCCCGAAGUGCAAGCAAUCGAAGUUGUACGAAGAACGGCCGUGUCCAAGGCGGCGAUGUCAAAGGCGCCGAAGAGGCCAAGUGAACGGUGAUUUUAGAAUAAUACAUGUUGACGACGAUAUGAGAAAAGGAGGUGCGUCACUCCCAGGACGUACUUGGACUAAAUGGUCCAAAUGGUCAAAGUGCAGCCAGAAAUGUCGUACGUACAGGUACAGAAUGUGCAGAAAACCCGAAAAAUGCAAGAAAAGGAAGCGUCAAAAGCAAGGGGCGUAUUGUUACCACGACAAUUCCAGAUGUGAGCGGUAUGUGUUAGACUUAAUGGACACGAAUAGCAGACGAAUAGACACGACACGAUACGAGUAUAAUAAUAAGCCACCACAAGUUCAAAGCACGGAUGAACGGGUUAACGUUAAGAAACCUAAUUGUGGCAGAGCGCGUCGAAAAACGAAGAUGUUAAAGAUUAUCGGUGGAAAAGAAGCGAAAAAGUACAAAUGGCCUUGGCAUGUUGCUGUUAUCAAUAGAUACAGAGAGGUAUUUUGUGCCGGCACACUAAUAGCACCACGCUGGAUUUUAACAGCAGGUCACUGUGUCAGAAGCUAUCUACGAGUUCGCCUAAACGAACACGAUUUAAGUAGCAUCGACGGUCGAGAAUUGGAGCUAACGGUCCAAAAAGUAUUCACGCAUCCCCGUUUUAAUCAUCAAACGGUCGAUAAUGACAUAGCACUCCUUCGAUUACCUCGAGCAGUUAGUUUAACACCUGUUUGCCUGCCGACUACGGAACCCGAAUCUGAAGAGAUGUGUUCCGUCAUGGGAUGGGGUAAGCUUAAUAGCAGUGACGAGUACGGUUCGACGGUGUUACACGAGGCGAAGAUACCCGUGGUACCGUGGGUAACUUGCACGAGAUCGUACAAAAAGUACUUUUUAACGACAAACAUGUUUUGCGCUGGUUGGGCGUCUGGCAUUGCCGAUACCUGCGCAGGUGAUAGUGGCGGAGGGCUUAUGUGCCCAUCUCGGAACGGAACUAAACCCAACCGAUACUCGAUCCAAGGAAUAACAAGCUUUGGAGAUGGCUGUGGACGACGUAAUAAAUAUGGCAUCUACACAAUGGUGUUUAAUUACUUAGGAUGGAUUAAUUACAUUAUCGAGACUUAUUCAUAGUGGUAGCUAGUUAGGUAUUUAUUAUUGUUAUUGUUAUUAUCGUACAAACGUUUAUAAUAAAUUAAUUUUAAUAAUAAAUUAAAUAACCCGUU